GAAUCAUCAAAAAUUACUGUGUGAAAAUAUAAUGAGUGACAUAAAACUAUGGGAAUAUCUCGUUUCUGGUGGUGUCGGAGGUAUGUGUUUGGUGCUGGUUGGACAUCCGCUGGACACCGUAAAAGUAAGACUCCAGACCAUGCCGAAACCCGCUCCAGGCCAUGACCCAAUGUAUAAGGGAACAAUAGAUUGUUUUCGAAAAAUCAUAGCCCGCGAAGGCCCUUUCGGUUUGUACAAGGGCAUGAGUGCACCUUUGGUUUCGAUAUCUCCCAUAAACGCAGUGUCGUUCUUUGGCUUCGGGCUGGGCCGACAGAUUUUCGAGAAAUUUCAACUGCCUCAUUACUACCAAAUGUUUUGUGCAGGAGGUUUUUCAGGACUGGCUACCUUAUUAAUUAUGGCACCCGCUGAAAGAGUAAAAACUUUAUUGCAAAUACAAGUGGAAGGAGGCGGGAAAUUGUAUAAAGGACCCAUUGAUGUCAUUUUAAAACUAAUUAAGGAAAAAGGAAUAUCUAGUAUAUAUAGGGGUUUAUUCGCUACUUUAAUUCGUGAUGUGCCGUCCGGUGGUAUGUAUUUUUUUACGUACGAGUUGUUAAAUGACACUUUGCGAAAAAAGUUUCCCGAAACUACAAAUCUUGGUUUGACAAUAUUCUCAGGAGGAUGUGCAGGUAUAGCAUAUUGGAUAUUUGGAAUGCCAGCGGAUGUUGUAAAAAGUCGACUGCAAGCUGCACCUGAAGGCAGAUAUCCCAAUGGUCUCAGACAAGUGUUUUUCGAACUAAUAAAGAACGAAGGCCCACUGGGUCUUUAUACAGGAAUAACACCGGUAAUUUUGAGAGCAUUCCCUGCAAAUGCAGCUUGUUUUCUUGGAUUCGAAUCUUGCAAGCGAUUUUUAAAAUAUAUCCAAUCUAAUAACACAGGAUCUUAAUGUUGUUUUUUAUAUAUUAAAUUGAACUUGAUAAUAUUUAACAAUUAAAUAAAGCCGUAUGUUAUUUUUAAA